AUGAAUUUAUCAAGCCUCCUGCUCAAGUCAGGCCCUUCUGGCAUCAUAUUUCUUCUGAGUCUGAUAGUGGCCUUAGAGAUUGAGCUCCUCCAUCCAGUGAAUUCACUGAAUAUAUUUGUUCAUACCACCUGUGGUGGUAAGGACUCAAGUGAAGCUUCUGUUCUCAUUAUUGUCAGAUCUUCAGCCACCUUCACUUUCAUCAUUCAAGGGAGGCAGCCUGAUGGGGACUUUGCUGUCAUCUCUAAUAGUGACAUUGGAGACUUUGGAAGCAGAGCCAUCAGAAAGAAAGAGGAGUUCUAUGAGUUUGACAAGCAUAUGAUCAUGAUGGUGGAGGGUCACUAUUAUUAUCAGAGAUGA